AUGGCUGCGAAGGGCUCCCAUUCUUACCUGAAGCUGGAGGGGGAGAUCGAGAGGUGCCGGGCGGAGUGUCAGUGGGACAGGCUGCCCGAGCUGAUGAGGCAACUGCUGCUGCCAGCGGCCAGCCCCCCGCGGAAAGGGGCCGGGGACGCGCAGGACUCCGUGGACUAUGGGAAUCUGCUGCUCGCAGAGGCCCUUCUGGAGCAGUGUUUAAAGGAAAACCUUGCCAAAAUAAAGGACUCCAUUCCAUUAAUGGAAAAGAAUGAGCCAAAAAUGACUGAAGCCAAAAAGUAUUUGACUGGUAUUCUAAACAGAGGAAAAUUACUACCUAAAUAUAUGACUGAAGCAGUGUUGAUCCUUGGGAAGCUCCAUUAUGUGGAGGGAUCCUACAGGGAUGCAGUCAGCAUGUAUGCCAGAGCAAGAAUUGAUGACAUCUCCAUAGAAAAUGAACCUUUGUACCGUCUGCGCCUGGUGACUGAAGCAUUUGUUAUCAAAGGUCUGUCACUGGAGCGCUCGCCCAAUUCGAUUGCCUCCCGUGCUCGACUGUCCGAAAGGGAAGAGGAGGUCGUGGCUUGUUUUGAGAGAGCAUGUGUCAUUGCACAAGUGUACUUGCAGGAACUUGAGAAGACCUUGCAUUCAAGAAGCAUAAAAGGCAGCAAUGUGACUUUCUCUGACUUUGAACUUCCCUAUUUCCUGGAAGCAGCUCUACAGAGUGCAUAUGUGUCUCAUUUGAAGAAGGGAAACAUCGUGAAAGGAAUGAGAGACCUGCGAGAAGUAUUACGGACUGUGGAAACAAAAGCUACUCAGAGCUUCAAAAUGACAGCUGCCAAACAGCUAGCCGAAGUGCUCCUCCACUCCUUGAGUGAAGAUUGUUACUGGAGCCCCUUAUCUGAUCCUCUACCUGAGUUCAUGAACAAGGAAGAUAACUCUUACGUUAGCAGUCUUCUUCGGCGGAGACCCCAGCUAUACACAGGAGACAACCUGUACUGCCCUCAAGACAACAUAGAAGAGGCUCUUCUCCUUCUGUUAAUCAGUGAAUCUAUGGCGAACAGAGAUGCAGUAAUUAGCCGUGCCCCUGACCAGAAGGAUGAUCGAGCUGUCAGCCUCCAGGAUGCUUCUGCAGUGUAUGACCUUCUGAGUAUCACGCUGGGCAGAAGAGGGCAGUAUGUCAUGCUUUCUGAGUGUCUGGAGCGAGCAAUGAAAUUUGCGUUUGGUGAAUUUCACCUUUGGUACCAGCUGGCCCUUUCCAUGGUGGCUUGCGGGAAGUCGGCAUAUGCUGUGUCAGUGCUCAGAGAGUGUGCUAAGUUGCGUCCUGCAGAUCCCAUGGUUCCUCUUCUGGCUGCUAAGGUCUGCAUUGGGCCACUGCACUGGCUGGAGGAAGGGGAACGUUUCGCCAAGAUGGUGAUAGAUCUAGGAGAGGAUGCUGGAGAGUUCCUAGCUAAGGGGUAUCUUGCCUUGGGUCUGACAUACAGUCUUCAAGCUACUGAUGGUAGUGGACCUGAAGUUUCAGUCUGUCUGGAGAGGUCUAUCCAGGCUACCCUGAAAUGUUCUCAAGACACAUUGCACAAGAAAGCCCUUCAAACUUUGGAGAGAGCACAUCAGUUGGCCCCUGAAGACCACCAAAUCAUCCUCUACGUCUCGUUGCAGCUGGCUCUUGUCAGACAGAUUUCUGAUGCUAUAGAACACCUUCAGGAAGCACUGAAACUGUGCAAAGAUGAUAUGAAUUCACUUCAUCUACUGGCUCUCCUUUUUUCAGCCCAAAAGCACUAUCAGCAUGCACUCGAUGUCAUCAACAUGGCUCUCGCUGAGUACCCAGAGAGCUUUAGCUUACUCUUCACCAAAGUAAAGCUAGAACGGGUGCAUAAAGGACCUGAAGAAGCUCUGGUGACCUGUAGACACAUGUUGCAUAUGUGGCAGAUGGUAUAUAACUUUUCACAGCACAGUGGCUCUGAGAAAGAAAGCAGUGUGACUGAAGUGCCGAUGAUCAAAAAGCACAAUGGGAUGCAUCUUUCUCUCCCUGAUGCUCACGAUAAUGACUCUGGCUCACAGCGCGCCUCUUCUGUUGCUGCUUCACGACUGGAACAGGCCAUGUCUGAAGUAACUAUGCAGAAUACUGCCCUGAGGCAAGGACCUAUGCAACUAUGGACAACCCUUGAACAAAUCUGGCUACAAGCUGCUGAACUCUUCAUGGAACAACGGCAUCUCAAAGAAGCAGGCUUUUGUAUCCAGGAGGCAGCUAGUCUUUUCCCCACAUCUCACACUGUGCUGUACAUGCGUGGGAGACUUGCAGAGAUGAAAGGCAGUUUGGAGGAGGCUAAGCAAUUGUAUGAUGAGGCACUUACAGUGAAUCCAGCUGGAGUGGAAAUUAUGCACAGCCUGGGGCCCAUACUGAGCAGGCUCGGGCGGAGAAGCCUGGCUCAGAAGGUUCUGAGAGAUGCAGUCCAGAUACAGAACACCAAUCACCAAGCCUGGAACAGCCUAGGAGAAGUAUUGCAAGCUCAAGGAAAAAAUGAAGCUGCUGUGGAAUGCUUCCUAACAGCUCUGGACCUCGAAUCCAGUAGUCCUGUUGUCCCUUUCACUGUCAUACCGAGAGAACUAUAAAGCUCUUCCUUUCAACUAAGCACAGCCCUCCAGUGGGUGGAUGCUAAGAAAUAUACACAGCAGAAACUCUGAGUUAGACAGAAAAAUACAACUGUAACUUGUAAUUCCAGAAUGGGACUCUGAUCUAUGUGUUCAGCUGAGGAAAAACCCAACCUUAGAACAAGUGACAGGGCAUAAAGAGGACAAUUUCUUCUGGCUUCAUAGAUGUCUGAUCUGACUCCUGUUGAAGUCAAUGGAAAGACUCCUAUUGAUUUCAGCAGGAGAUGGCUAGAUGACUAAACUGACAGUAGUGUAGAUGCUGCUAGAGUGUAGCUGUAAGAAGCACUUGUGUUGAAAACAAAUUUCAUGCACCUUUCAACUUUUCUUGAGAAAGACUUAAUUUAAAAACAACCAUGAGCUAAAGUCAAACCUAGUGUAAGCAUGUGCAAUUCUAUUAAAGUAAGUGAAGUUGCCCAACUUACGUCAGAGCCAAAUUUGGCCAUAUAUAUAGAUGUGUGUGUGUGCACAUAGACACAUUAGUAGGUGAAGAAUGAUGACAAAAUAAUAGCUGUAUCUCUUAAAUACACUUUUUACAAAACUCUUUUAAAAGACCUGCUAAUACUUAUCUUCACCCUGCAGUGCCUUACUGCAAACACAGUCAAUACUCACAGUAGCUUUUGACUGGACUGAUAUAAUUUAAAGGACACUUUUCUAUGGGCUGCUUUGGUGGCAUGAACCACAGAAGUGGAAAAGCCAAAGACCUGAUCCGUUCAAAUUUUGCCUAGUAUUAAAAAUAUUAUUUUCUUUCAAAUUAAAUAUUUAUUGCAAGGCACUGCAUCAGGCCAGCUAGUGUAAACUGUCUGAGCAUCAUUCUUAGUAAUUACGUACUCCAGCAGCUUUUACAGAAAGUAUACUGUUGAUUUCAGACAAUGUAUUAUAUGUGUACCCUGAGCUUUACUUUUGCUAUUGUUCUUGACACAGCUUUUUCCUACUCAUCUAUAAAACAUAGUGACUGCAUAGAUGAUAAACAUGUUUAAUUAUUGGAAGCAGUAUGUGUAUAUAUACAUUACCUUUAUUUUCACUGUAGUUUUUUGAUCAGCCAUUGCUUCAAAAGAAAUUGGCAUCAGAAAUACUGGGCCAGAUCCUUCAGUGUAUUAGGACCACUUUGUGCCUCAUCACCACUGUAUUCUAGCCCUGAAGCUGUCUUGCCUGGCCAGAGAAUAUCAGAGUGAUCUUCUGGUGGUGUAGAGCCAUCCUCCCUUCUGCUGGUAUAGAAGGGAAAGUGGGUGUGGCUGGCAUACCCAUAUGCUAAACGGAUCUUUGCCUGUGUUUUCAGCCCUGUAUGGCCAUUGCAGCAAGUUAGUGCAGCCCUGAGUCUGCUCUAACAUGGCACAAGGAAACUAGCCUUCCACAGAGCAGCUCACAGAUCAAGGGAGUGAAAAGGUGAGCUUUAGGUCACCUUUACACACAGACACACACCCUGGCUUGUAUCAUGUGCACUUUGGCUGUUCAUAGCUGAUAAUCUGGUCCAUUAUUUCCAACUAUUUUUAAAUGGUUUUGGACUGAAGUAUUCUUUAUACUAUAACUCCACCAUUUAUUUGACUAGUUUACUCCAGAAAUAAUAUCUUCAUGCUAUAUAAAUAUAGAGGGUUUAUUUGUAAAGACCCUCAAGAUUCUUCAGUUGACUUGCUGUCUGAAUUGUUUGCAAUGAUUCAGAAAUGUAAAGACUACUUGAAUUGUUAUUUCUGGUGCGUCCCGUUUACAGUAAAUACAGGACAUGCUGCUGAUGUGGAAGAGGACUGUGCUUCCCCCUUGCCCCCCCCCCCCCCCCCCCCCCCCCAGGCUCUUUUUCCUUCUAGGGUACUCUUCAAGGCUUCAGUGCCAAAGAGGAGUUAGAUUUCAGGGAUUUUCUUUAUCAGCAUUUUACUGAACUCUUAAACUGAUUUUAUCAUGUUGGUGUGACAAUCCAGAUUAUUGUCCAUUCACCUAAGCAUGUGCAGUGAAACCGGUAUGUCCAUGGAAAAAGUCUCCAGCUUGAGAAGUCAUUGUAUGGUCACACGAGAUAUGAGUGACUUAAAUGAGACUUGUCAGGCCAGAGACUGGCUUCCAGGGAUAUGCUGCAUUUCCCAGCAACCUUGCAUGUUUGCAGUGACACCAUCAGCGCAGGAAGUGGAAUGUGAAGGCUUUAAAACAAUAGAAUGAAAUGAGUUGCAGGGGCAUGAGCAGAUGGAGUUGAACCUGUUUUCCUACAGGAGGCUAUAAAUAAAGCCAACCGGCUCAACGGGUUGGCUGGGGGUAAAGGUUGUUGUUCCAUUAGUAAGAUGUUAUCUAGUUACUUUGAACCCAAUUCUGCCCUCAUAUACCCAGGUCCAGAUCCUCAGCUGCAGUAAAUAAACACAGGUUCAUUGACUUCCAAAGAGCUACACUGACUUCCACCAGGUGAGGAUUUGGCCCAAUUCCCACUCACCUCAGUGGGAGCAAGCCCUUUGUAUGGGCCAGAAAAAGGAAUCGGUGGGCUCCAUCAUCCACAUUUUCUUGUUCUACUUCAGUCUAUGAAGCACUGCUGCAGUAAUUCAGAUAUAAGGGGAAUCAUUUAAAGCAGGUACUAAUGUCUCUCUGACUCUUGUAAUUCCACCACGACUGCUCUAAGAAGUGGCAUAUGACUCUCAUCCUAUUAUUGAACUGGUGAGAGGAUGGGGGGGCUUCCCUAAUAUCAAAUGAGAAGCACAGAUUUCCAUAUUUUUACCCAUCCCCACCUGCAGCACUGUCUGCAUUACUUGCUUGUAUCAUAGUUGUUCAAAAAAAAUGAUUGCCUUCGGUGAGAUAGAUCUUCAUGUUUGGGAAUAUUAGAGUCCGCACAGAGUUCAGGCUCCUCGAGGUAUGUGAAAUUGUAUGAAAUGCCCUGUAUAUGUCAGCUAGUCCAAUAAUCCCAAUCUACUACUAGUAAGUAUGCUGCAUAUGUUAAUGCAAGUUAACUGCCAGCAACAAUUAUACCAAAAGGUCUCUGCUCCAGUUGUUGUGUAGUAAGUGAACAUGAGAUAUUCCAAAUGUCAGUGGGAAUUACAUGCAUAAAACCCCCCUGCAUCAGUGCAGUAGUAACUCUAGUUCAUGAAUAUUGCCUAAAACAUGAACUAGAACUGUGCAUGUAAUGAAUUUAGGCCCAAACUUGAGACGUGCUGAGCACUUUAGGGAAGAUACUAAGCACCCAUAAUUCCCACUGAUUUCAGUGGGUGUCGUAAGUGCUGAUUACCCCUCAGGGUCUGCUGGGCACUUUAGGAUCAGAAAUUUCUGCCCUUUGUGUAGAGAGGGGAAUUAUUAUCAUAGGGUAGCAGGCAAUCAUCUACUUAAUCAUCUGUUUAUAGUGCUGUCAUUAGUGCUGCUAAAAAUCUUUCCUGGGUAACAUGCUACCUCUGUUCUUUGUAUUUUUAAGUACGUACUUCAUUGAUCUUUCCAUAUAUAGAAAAUAAACUCUUACCUGCUUGCAAGCCUAACCUUGUUGCUCAUUUUACUCAUUUGAGUGGUCCUGUUGAAGCCAAUGAGACUACUCACUUGAGCAAGUUCAGCAACACUUAUACCUAUAUGAAAGUCAGUGGGAAUAUCCGGGUGCAUAGGACGUGUAGUUUUGGCCCAUAGAACUUGACAUUUUAGCCCCUAUCUUAUCCAAACAGGUGCAAUAUGUAUUGCUAACGUGAAUUAGUAAGUAUACCAAGUGAAAUCGUGACUCCACUGAAGUCAAUGGGAGUUCUGUUAUUGACUUCCAUGGGGAGCAGGUUUUUCACCCACUGUUGUUUUAAAGAAGUAUGGAUUCCAUAGGAAUUAAUCUAUAUCCAAGCCCCAAUCCUGCCACUUCAACUUUAUUUUACCUUGAGUAACCUGGGUGCGUCCAACAGGAAGGAAAAUGUUUAGACCCUUUUUUUUGUGUGUGU